AUGAGGAACCACUCAGGCAUCGGCAUAAAGAUAUUCAUGCUUCAAUUAUAUGAUAUUUUUUAUGCAUGCCAUUAUCUCGACAGAUGGCUUCAGAUUGCUGUCACACCAGGGAUUGAAAAACUCACCCUUCUGCUUUUCCACUGCCUCAAGGUUUCUUAUUGCUCGAAGCUGCGAGUGAUAGAGAGCAAAGCUCGAAAUCUCUUCAGUUUUAUCCUUUUAGGACAGAGGGUCAAAGUCUCACUUGGAGAAACAAUGCAAAUGAAGAAACUGUGCAUGAGCCGGACAUGCCUCAUCUGUUAUGCCUGCACGGAAUUGCCAUCCAAUAUGCCAAACCUUGAGACUCUUUCCAUUGGUUCGCAUCGUGAGAGGGUCAAUACACCAAUGCUGCCUACGAAAUUCCUUUUCCUGAAGCAUUUGACUAUUACUCUGACCUGGAUGGUUUGCCCAUCCUAUGAUUAUUUUUAUCUUGUUUCUUUUCUUGAUGGUUCUCCUUCCUUGGAGACUUGGUUGCUGGAUGUAUGUCAGGAACGUAUGGAUCAUGCAUCUAUUUUUGGAGGCUCAUCACAGCUGAGGCAGAUACCUGAACAGCACCAUGACCACCUCAAGAGUGUGAAGAUCAAAGGUUUCAGCUCUUCUAAGGGCCUGGUUGAGCUAACAUGUUAUAUACAUAUACUCAAGAACGCGAAGUCACUUGAUUGCCUUACACUAGACACCACUUAUGGUGAUCCUAAGUGUGAUACUGAAAUAUCUGGCGGCAGGUGCGUACCCAUGAGUAAGGGUUUUCUCAUGGAAGCCCGUAGAGGUGCUGCGGCUAUUAGAACAUACAUCGAGGAUAAAGUUCCGUCCACAGUUAAGCUGACUAUUGUGGAGCACUGCAGGCAGUGCCAUGCUGAUAAGUUAUCUAAUAGGUGGGAUGUGUAA